AUGUCGCAUACCUCCAACGUUGCGCAAGGCGACGAGACGUCCCCAGGCACGGCGCCCAUGAAAGAAAAGGUCAGCGACAGUCCGCGGCGCUUGAGUUCGCAGCAGGACGUGUCAGACUCGGAAAAGGCAGCGCCGCCUGCCGCAGGACCGCCGCCGCCUCCAGACGGAGGCGCAACGGCUUGGCUCGUCGUGCUUGGUGGCUGGUGCACUGCCUUUUGCAGCUUUGGCUGGUUGAAUAGUAUUGGCGUCUUUCAGCAAUACUACCAAAAGGAGCUGCUGCGCGGCCAAAACUCGAGCACGGUAUCAUGGAUCCCUUCUCUGCAAAUAUUCUUCAUCCUCGGACUGGGUCCAAUCGUUGGCAUGAUCUUUGACCGCUACGGUCCGCGAGGGCUGCUCCUGGUGGGCACCCUAAUGCACGUCUUUGGCAUCAUGAUGGCCAGCAUCAGCACAAAGUACUGGCAGAUUCUCCUGGCACAGGGCGUCUGCUCCGGCAUUGGUGUCUCUGCCGUGUUCCAGCCUCCUCUGAGCUGCGUUGCCGGAUACUUCAACAAGAGACGCGGCGCUGCAUUCGGCAUCCUUUCCACAGGCGCCUCAGUCGGCGGCGUCGUUUGGCCCAUCAUGGUGACGCAUCUUAUCCGUCUCGUCGGCUUCGGCUGGGCCAUGCGCACCAGCGCCUUUGUCAACCUCUUCCUCCUCACCAUUCCCAACAUCACAGUCCGUUGUUUCCAGCCACCAGUUCCGAAAAAGGUCACCGGCGCUCAGCUCGCCAAGCCAUUUCGCGAGCUCGACUACGUCCUCGUCGCGUGCGGUUUUCUUUUUCUGACCUAUGGCGUGUUUGUGCCGCUCAACUACCUCCCCGUCCAGGCCGCCAGCACCGGCAUGGAUCCCAACCUGGUCCAGUACCUGCUUCCCAUCCUCAACGCGGCGUCUCUGUUUGGUCGUUUAUUCGCCGGCUUUGGAGGCGACAAGAUUGGUCGCUUCAACAUUCUGAUUGGAUGUUGUUACUUGUCCGGCAUUUGGAUUCUGGCGCUCUGGAUCUCUGACAGAAGCCAGUCGGGCAUCAUUGCCUUUGCUGCGCUGUUUGGCUUCUCCUCUGGAGCCUACAUUUCGCUCGUCACCCCCGUCGUUGCGCAAAUCUCACCUCUACCCGAGAUUGGAUUUCGCACCGGCAUCGUCUUCUUUGUUGCCUCGAUCGGUGGCCUUACCACGAAUCCUGUCAGUGGAGCGCUCAUCGACAGCUCGGCAGGCUACACGGGAAUGAUGGUCUUUGCCGGCGUCCUUUGCCUGGUUGGCACGACAUUUAUCCUGGUGGAGCGCGUGCGAAAGACUGGCCUCAAGUUGGCUGUUGCUUUUUAG